UCAUGGACCUAGUAGAUCCUCUUGCGGAACCAUGUGCCGUUUGUGGUGACAAAUCAACUGGAACCCAUUAUGGAGUCAUUUCCUGCAACGGGUGUAAGGGAUUCUUCCGCCGAACAGUUCUUCGUGAUCAGAAGUUCACUUGCCGUUUCAACAAAAGAUGUGUGAUUGACAAAAACUUUCGAUGCGCGUGUCGUUAUUGUCGCUUUCAAAAGUGUGUACAAGUUGGAAUGAAACGAGAAGCUAUUCAAUUCGAACGUGAUCCUGUAGGUUCACCAACAUCUGGAGCCAGUCUCAACGGGACUCCAUUCAAAAAAGACAGAAGCCCCGGAUACGAGAACGGAAACAGCAACGGUGUCGGAUCAAACGGUAUGGGACAAGAGAAUAUGCGAACAGUUCCACAAUCCAGCAGUGUCAUUGAUGCUUUAAUGGAGAUGGAGGCUCGUGUCAAUCAAGAGAUGUGUAAUCGAUACCGAAGAUCGCAAAUCUUUGCAAACGGCAGUGGGGGGUCGAAUGGAAAUGACACAGAUAUUCAACAAGGAAGUGAUUCUGGAGCAUCGGCAUUUGCACCACCAAACCGGCCAUGCACAACCGAGGAUCUGAAUGAAAUCUCCAGGACAACACUUUUAUUGAUGGUUGAAUGGGCAAAAACAAUUAAUCCAUUCAUGGAUCUUUCGAUGGAAGAUAAGAUCAUUCUACUGAAAAACUAUGCACCACAACAUCUCAUUUUGAUGCCAGCAUUUCGAAGUCCCGAUACAACUCGAGUUUGUCUCUUCAACAAUACUUAUAUGACACGUGACAAUAACACUGACCUCAAUGGAUUUGCUGCAUUCAAAACAAGCAAUAUAACACCCAGAGUUCUUGAUGAAAUUGUCUGGCCAAUGCGACAACUUCAGAUGAGAGAACAAGAAUUUGUAUGUUUGAAAGCACUUGCAUUCUUGCACCCAGAAGCCAAAGGACUCUCGAAUAGCUCACAGAUUAUGAUUCGUGAUGCUAGAAAUCGUGUUUUGAAAGCUCUUUAUGCAUUCAUUCUCGAUCAGAUGCCAGAUGACGCACCCACAAGAUAUGGAAAUAUUUUGUUGUUGGCACCGGCUCUCAAGGCUCUGACUCAGCUGCUCAUUGAGAAUAUGACACUUACAAAGUUCUUCGGAUUGGCAGAGGUGGAUUCUCUGCUCUCCGAGUUCAUUCUCGACGACAUCAAUGAUCAUUCGACGGCUCCGGUCUCUUUACAGCAACAUCUUUCAUCUCCGACAACGUUACCGACUAAUGGGGUAUCUCCGUUAAAUCCAGCCGGAUCAGUGGGAAGUGUUUCGUCUGUUUCUGGAAUUACACCAACUGGAAUGCUCUCAGCAACUCUUGCAGCUCCAUUGGCAAUUCAUCCUCUCCAAUCACAAGAUUCCAUUUUGAACAGUGAGCAGAAUAAUCAUAUGCUCUAAUAAUUCCAUUUUUUCUCCCAAAACUCUUCACCUCAUCUCAUCUCCAGUUCUAUUCCGAAUCUGUGAUCUUUCAUCUUUUCCCUUAUUGUUGUUUUGAAUCAUUACCCCCAAUUUAUAAAAUAGUCCAGAGCCCAGCUAUAAUGUACAUAACAAAAGAAGAAUACCCUUCCGUCUCAGUAGUUGUUUCAUCUUGAAACCUGUCUAGGCCAUCUCUAUAUCAUAUCAGGUUAUUGUUCUCGUCUCCCCCAACUCUUCUUCCUUAAUCUUUUUUCCAGACGGGCUGGCUCUCGUUUAUUCUUGUGAUUAUUAUUGUCAAUCAAAUUAUCAGUUUAGUACUUCAAUAUGUAUAAGAAGUGACUGUCUUGGCAUUUCCCAUCUCUAUUUAGAAGAUUCCCUUCUUCCCAUUUUCCUUCCUUCUUUUCAAGCGUUCGUACCAAUUUAUGUUUGCAAAAAGAAACUUUUAUUUAUACUUUUUCAAAGCUCAUCGAUAAAAUACAUUAUU